AUGCGUCCGAUCAUUUCACUCGCUUGCCUGUCACUUGCUUCUGCUAUAGAUCCAGCGCAUCAACCGGCAUGGGUCAAAAGCGUGGUUGCUUCAGCCAGCAGCGCCUAUGCUCCCUGGCUGACUGACAUACCCAACGCUCUUGUGAAGCGCCAAUGUGAUGAGCCAGAGCACGUCGGAGGACCACGGCAUGGUCUGGCGCCCGGGCAGGCUCCUUACGCUACUGCUCAGCCUCAGCCUUUUGCUGUGUCGCCCGAGAGCCAGUAUCCCAACGGCCCGCCAGCGAAUGUCCCCGGGUCAAGUAGUGGCCCGCCAAAUGGUGGACCGCCCCAUGGAGGGUCUCCGAACAACGGGCCGGCUGGCGCCGCUCCCCCCAAUGGGGUCGUUUCGCCAUAUGGGCCACCUACGAACGGAGGUCCUCCAGGCGGUCCGCCACCUGGCCAAUUCCCGCCCCUCAGCCCGGGAUCAGUCACAGGUCCACCAGGAGGCCAUCCACCAUUCCCGACUCCUUCGAACAGUACCAAUGGCACUUGCUACUUCUGGCUGGAGGACAUUCAGCACCAAGGAAUUGCUCCCUAUGCGCCGGAAGGAUAUCAAGUCUUCCGCAAUGUCAAGGACUUUGGUGCAGUAGGUGACGGAGUCACAGACGACACAGCAGCUAUCAAUCUAGCCAUCUCGACUGGCGACCGCUGCGGGCCAGGAACAUGCAACUCCUCUACCACGACUCCAGCGACUGUAUACUUCCCAGCUGGAGAGUAUCUAGUCUCUUCGUCUAUCAAGAACUUUUAUGAUACUCAGAUCAUCGGAAACCCGAAUUGUCUGCCAGUCAUCAAAGCGUCGGCCAACAUGACCAGCUGGGUCAUUGACUCCAGCGGAUUCGGUGCAACAAACACGUUCUUCAGACAAAUUGAAAAUUUGAUCCUCGAUCUGACCGCCGUCCCGCCUGAAGUUCCUGUUACAGGUAUCUUCUGGCCAACGGCACAAGCAACUCGCCUCCAGAACUUAGUAUUCAAGCUGAGCGAUGCACCGGGAACACAGCAUCAAGGCGUCUUCAUUUCAGAAGGAAGUGGUGGCAUCAUCAAUGACCUUGUCGCUUAUGGCGGUCUCUACGCGUUCAAUUGGGGCAAUCAACAAUUCACGAUGUCAAAUCUGACUGUAUACAAUGCUGUGACCGCAAUCAACCAGAUUUGGGACUGGGGCUUCUCAUACUCAUACCUCAGUAUCAACAACUGUUCGGUCGGCUUGAACAUGUCCAGUGGAGCCCCAAGUGCACUAUCCGUUGGCCAAGUGCUGAUCUUCGAUUCCACAUUCACCAACACACCCAUCGGUAUCGCCUACGGACGUAGCAACUCGUCACAGCCACCAGCAGCAAAUGCUCUUGCUAUCGAGAAUGUCCAAUUCAACAAUGUUCUCUCCAUUGUCGAAGGCAGCACCACAGUUGCAGGCUGGGCUGCUGGCCAUGCCUACACGCCGAAUGGUCCCAAUGUGAUCGAAGGACCUAUCACUCCCAAUAAUAGACCCGGCUCUUUGUUGCUCAACGGUAGAUACUAUCGAAGCGCGAAGACUGACUUUGCCUCUGCGCCUGCAUCGGCUUUUUUGUCAGUCCGCAGCGCAGGUGCGAUAGGAGACGGAUCGACCGACGAUACCGCAGCAUUCCAAGCCGUCGUCAACAGCGCAGUCUCGCAGAGCAAGAUACUCUACAUCGAUGCUGGCGUCUAUGUUUUGACGAAGACAUUAUAUAUCCCAGCCGGGGCACGCAUUACAGGCGAAGCAUAUCCGACACUUCUUGCUACUGGCUCAUUCUUCGCUGACAUGUCCACUCCGCAGCCGUUCAUUCAGAUCGGUAAGCCAGGGGAGACCGGUACAGUCCUCUGGGCAGACGCCAUGAUAUCUGGUCGCGGAGCACUUCCAGGCGCCAUCUUUGUCGAGUACAAUCUUGCCUCUUCAUCACCAUCUGCAGCACCUGCAGGCGGGACCUGGACUGACUAUGGCUCCCAGAGUCUCACCGGCCCGUCCUCUCUGUGGGACGUACACGUACGAAUCGGCGGGUUCGCCGGCUCCGACCUUCAGAUCAACAACUGCCCGGUCGACAAGACCACCGCUAUUCCACCCGGAACAGUCCCAGAGCAAUGUAUAGCCGGCUUCAUGUCUAUGCACAUAACCUCUUCUGCCGCCAACCUCGAGCUGUCCGCCAACUGGCUUUGGACGGCCGACCACGACAUCGAAGACCCCGAUCUCCGCCAGAUCACUAUCUUCAACGGCCGCGGUUUAUACGUUGACUCCGCAGCCGGGCCACUGUGGCUGUGGGGCACUGCAGUCGAGCAUCACGUUCUCUACGAGUAUCAGGUUUCCGAUACAGCACAGAUCUUCAUGGGCGAGAUCCAGACAGAGACGGCAUACUAUCAGCCGAAUCCACCUGCUACUUUGCCUUUCACGGCUUUGCCGCAGUGGAAUGACCCUGUCUUCCCGGAAUACUGCUAUACUAUUGAGGGAAGGAACUUUACUGGUCCAAACACAACGUUCAAUAAUGCAUGCGAUGGGUGGGGAUUGCGGGUGUUGGGCGCUGAGAGCGAUGUUUUGGUAUAUGGUGCAGGGCUGUACUCGUUCUUUGCGAAUAACAAUGUCAGCUGUGCGCCGGGAGGCACCAAUCCUGGGUGCCAGGAUGGAAUUUUCAGUGUUGAGGGAGGCGCAAGUGUAAGCGUGUAUGGGCUGAACACUGUUGGUGUGAGGAGUAUGGCGGAGAUUGAUGGGACGAGCGUCAUCACUGCGACAGACAAUGUGGCUGGGUUCACGAAUGCGGUUGUGCUGUUCAGGACAGGAUAG